UCUACAUCAUAGGCCAAGUCUUAGACGCACCAUCUCUAUCUGUUACUAAAACUUCAUGAACCACUAAACGGCCAAAACUCAUCCAUUUAAUAAUCUCCUCUCCUAUCUAUCUCCAAUACUUCAUUAAUAUCUCUUCUUCUCUCUCUGUUCAACAUUGUUUUACACAAAACCCAUACCCAUAAAUGCUUCACCUUUGUCAAUAGCUGUGCAUGUCUCAGACUGAGUUAGUGGGUUAAUUUUUUAAUGGGUUUCCUUAAAAACUCUCACUCGGUCUUACUUUUUUGUGCCUUUUCACUUCUGUGCUUUGAAGAACGAUGCAAUGGUUCAGAGGUCCCUGUGAAGUUCUUGAAGGCUCCUCAUGCAUUCUCACAUUUGAACUCAGCAACUUUUGUAUUUGAACUUUUCCUUGUUGGGAAUGGGAGCAUCUGUAGGGAUUGUAGCUACACUUGCAGGCUGGAUGGUGGAAUUGCUUCAAAGUGUGAGACUAGAAAAGUUUCAUAUUUGGGGUUGCAGGAUGGUACUCAUACAUUUGAAGUCUGUACCAAUAGGCUUCAAGGAUUUGGCUGUGCUAGCUAUAACUGGACAAUUGAUACUGUAUCUCCUACAGCAACUAUAACCACCUCUAAUUCUUUUACAAAUGCAUUGAAUUUUUCUGUAAAUAUAUCAUUCAGUGAGCCCUGUACUGGUGGAGGAGGAUUUACAUGUUUGUCUUCAAAUGCCUGCAACCUGCUGGUUUAUGGCGCCGGCAAAGUUAUACCAACUUCACUCAAUGUUCUGCAGCCAAACCUGAGAUAUUCUCUUGUUGUGAGUUUGUCAUCUCAAGUUGAAUUUGGAAGAGUGGUUCUGGUAAUGGAUAAAAAUUUCUGCACUGAUAUUGCUGGAAACAGAUUCAUUAGAACAACAAAUUCAAUUUUCUUUGUUCAUUUUGACAGAAGAAAUGUAUAUGUCGACUUAAGGAUUCAUAUUCCAGAGAAGCUACUUCAACUUGAUGGUCAAACUAGAACAGUGCUGGCAACAAAUAAUUACAAUCACCUGAAAGUGUAUCUGUAUUUCUCAGAACCAGUCCUUAAUUCAUCUGCAGAAAUAAUAAGUUCUUUGAACACAAGUCAAGGCACGCUCCUUCCUAUUAAUGGAAAGAACUUAGGGAAUCAAAGAUUUGGAUUUAUGGUUGAAGAUAUAUCUAGCAAUUCCAUAGUCACAUUGAGCAUCAACUCAAAUAUUAUAAUAAGCAGACAAGGAACUCCAGUUUCUCCAAUUUCACCUGUAACAUUCCUUUGCGAUUCUCAUAGGCCUGAUGUGAAGUUGAGAACAACAUCUACUAUGAGGACAAGGACAAGAGAACACAAUAUACCCAUAUCAAUUAUAUUCAUGAAACCUGUUUUUGGCUUCAACUCCUCUCAUGUAUCAGUCAUUGGAGGGCAUGUGAAGAGCUUUCAUGAAAUAAGUCGGAGCACAUACAUCGUUGACAUACAAGCAAGAGCUGAUGUAGUAUCUGUCAAUGUUCCCGAAAAUGUUACUAAAGAUGUUGCUGGAAACAAAAAUCUGGGGUCAAAUGUUCUUGAAGUGAGGCACUAUUCAGUACCUAUGGCAUCUUCUGUGAUUUCUGCACUUGUAGCUGCUUCAUUUUUGGCAACAUCUAUUGCGGCUGGGAUUCUCACCUUUUCAACUGCAAGCCUUCAAAAUUUUUGGACAUUUAAAGGACCAUCUUCUUUGACAACUUAUCCUGCAAGAAAUCUAUUUAGAAUUGCUUGCCACAUUCAGGUUUUUGCACUUUCUAGAUGGUUGGCAGUUAUGUUGCCAGUUGAGUACUAUGAAUUUACUAGAGGCUUACAGUGGAGCAUUCCCUAUUUUGAUCUCCCCUGGGAAAAUGAGCACAGCAGCCCUGUAAUUGUGGGCUCUAGUCCUUUUACCAGCUCAAAUUCCUUUAUUUCCAAGAUUUAUGGUUCAGAAAGUUUCCAAAGCCUGCAACUAGAAAAAUAUAAUUCAAACAUGACUACUCCGUAUGGGCUGCCACUUGGUCCAAUGGACUAUAGUUUCUAUUUUGAGAGCCCCAAUAUGAAACCAGAAGCUGACAAUCUUUUUGAACCUCAAGACUCAAAUGGGUGGAAGAAUUUCUAUAGAAGCAUGUUCUGGUUAGCUUUAAUUGGUGGUGGUUUAGUAUUUCUGCAUGUUUUACUCAUAUUCAUUCUGAAGAUAAGGAAAAAAAGUACUGAAAAUCAGAAGGGCUAUGGAGCACUCACAUUCCUAAGAUUCGAGAUAUUUCUAGUCAUUCUGGCACUUCCUUGUCUUUCUGAGGUUUCUGCUGCUCUAGUUAAAGGGACGGACUCAUUAGGGGUUAUAGUCGGCAUUCUGUUGUUAAGCGUUGUGUCAUUUCUGCUGUUGUCAUUGCUCAUUUUCCUCUCAUUUGGAAUAACUUUUGGGAAACUACUUCAGUACAAGGAAGUCCAUCGAGAAGACCAGAGAUUCCAUUGGUAUCAAGAACUUAUCCGAGUUACACUUGGUCCUGGUAAGAGGGGUCAGUGGACCUGGAAAAGGCAAACAAACUCACUCUACAUGAUCAUCUUAGGCCCCCUAUUUGAAGAUCUAAGAGGCCCUCCAAAGUACAUGCUCUCACAGAUUGCCGGGGGCACUCCAUUGCCCCACAAGCAUGGCGAUCAAAUCAUUGCCUCUGAUGAUGAAACAGAAGAUGCAGAAGCACCUUUCAUUCAAAAGCUGUUUGGAAUAUUGAGAAUAUACUACACAUUGCUUGAAUCUAUGAAACGGGUUUCUCUUGCAAUCAUGGCCGGAAUCUAUAUGGAGAAGUGGUCUUCAAAAACUCCAUCACUAACUUUAUUGUGCAUAACAUCUUUUCAGCUUUUCUUCCUAGUUCUCAAGAAGCCAUUUAUCAAGAAAAAGGUUCAACUGGUUGAGAUAAUCUCGGUGUCCUGCGAAGUUGGUCUAUUUGCUACUUGUUUGUUCCUGUUGGAGAAUGAACUUUCAUCUAGCCAUGAGACUCAAGUUGGGAUAUUCAUGCUUAUACUAUUCCUAGUUGGAUAUGUUUCCCAGUUAAUCAGUGAGUGGUAUGCACUAUACAGACAGACAAUGAUACUGGACCCUGCUGAGACAUCUUUCAUAACAGGCUUGAAAAUAGCUUCAAUUGGUUGCAUACUGCCAUUCUCACCACGGAAAUUGAUCAAAAAACUAGAAAACAAGUUCUCACAGCCCAGGAGAGAAAUUGAUAACACUGUUCCUUCACUUGUGGGGUAUAAAAGUUCAAGCAGGAGCUCGGGCUCAACUGAAAAACCAUGGAUGAAACAGUUGAGAGAAAUGGCUAAAGCUAGCUUUAGUAAAGAUGGAACUGGUAGUGACCCUUCAACCAGUCGAGGUGGAUGGAGUGGGAUGUGGGGAACCAAAAGGAGUGGUAGUCCUGGUGUAGGUUCCUCUUCAGAUUUCAAGUCAAAAGACUCAAAACCAAAAUCUUUAUACAAAGAUUUAGAUGCUAUUUUUUCAUCCAAGUGAUGAGGAAAAUAUAACAAGUUUUUUAGUGAAGAGAAAAUAGCAUUUCUUCUCUAGUUGUUUAAGUAACAUGGUUUAUAGACAGUUAAGCUGACACAACCAAUUCCAUGGAGACUUGUAUAUGGAGGAGUUGUUAUGAAAAAUGGUUGAUUCAGAUGAUAAUUGUGAGGUUGUGGUGUACAAAAUUGAGACUUGUACAAUAAUAGCUAUUAUUGAUAUAUAAUUAUGCAUUAUGAGAUUCAUUCACCUA